AUGAGUCGUCGCAUGCCCAGGAGUCUGGGAGUGUCGCCUCCCCGGGACGCGCCGAAUGAGUCGUCGCCUGCGCAGGCGGCUCCUGCUGCCCAGGAGCGAGGAAAAAAUUGCCUGCGAGCACGCGGACAAGCAACUGGGUGGGUGCUGGAGGGUUUUCCCCGAACAACCAGUGGCGGGGACCCGCCCGGGGAAAUUUGGCCCCCAAAGGGGGGCUGGUGGGCAAGGGAAAACCCGGAGGAGCUGCCGCCGAGGACAUCCCGGAGGAGUUCCCUGCCGAGGAAGCCGGGGGAGUGCCCCCGAGGAUUGCUGGAGGAGCUGCCUGCGAGGACAUGCCGGGGAGCACCCUCCCGAAGAAUCCCAGGGAGGCCUGCCGGGGGAACCCCGGAGGGGGCCCUGUGGGGAGCCCCCGGAGGAGCUGCCUGCCGAGGAACCCCCCGGGGAGUCCCUGCCGGGGACGCGCCAAAGGGAGCUGUGCCGAGGACGCGCCGAGGAGCUGUGCGAGGACGCGCGAAGGGUCCCUGCGAGGACGGCCGAAAGCGUCUGUCGAGGACCCCAAAGGGAGUGCCUCCCGAGGCCCCCCGGAGGGCUGUGCCGGGACACCCCGGAGGAGUCCCUCCCGAGGACCCCCCGGAGGAGCGCCUGCCGAAGAAUCCGGAGGGGUCCCGAGGACACCCGGGAAGCUACCGGGGAGUAGAGGGAGGGUGGGGGAGCGACGGUGACCAAGUCCGACGAAGGAGGACCGUGACGCCGGGAGGGGCGGGUGACGGAAGGGAAGGCCCGGGACCUACUUCACAGGGGAAAAACCGACAGGGGCCCCAGUGUUCGGGGGGCCCUGUGUUGUUUGCGGGGGCGAACUCCCGCCCAUGGUCGUAUUUUGGGGAUUUUUCAUCGCUGGAGGGCAUCGGGAGAAUUCCCCAGGGCCCAGGGGGGGUUGCCAAAAACCCACUCUUUUGCGAAAAUCACAUGAGUGCUACAAGAGACAUCAGGGAGUUUUAG